AUGGAUAGCUCCAACAUCUCUCGAGCAAUUGCCUGGUCUACUCUCUCGACAUUUGUGACUCACUAUCGGCUGGAUGUCAGAGUGAAGAAUGAAGCUAGCUUUGGCAGAGCUGUUCUUACCUCCUUUUUAAUGCGCAAAAUACACCCAUUCAUAUGGAUUCACAGAGAACCACUCGAAGAACAAUGGCUACAGAGGGAUGAUGGUAGUGAUGGUAGCUUGAGUGAUAGCCACAUAUCUCCUCCAGCGAAACGUACAUUGAAACAUGCUGAUUCUGUAUGUAAAGACAAAUCAAAAUCUCGCAAUACUGGGCAGCGAGAGGAAUGGAGCGUCUCAACUGGACAGUCCCGGUUAGCUUCUCAAUCUGGUGCUACUUUACCAAAUGGGCGUAGUUUAUCUCUCAAAAGCUGUUCCCUUCGAGGGGAUAAAAAGGGAGAUGGGGACCAUCCUUGUAUAAAUGGAGGCAGAGAAGUCAGAAAGAGUUGUCGAUCCAGGAAAAACAGAUUCGAAAGUCUGAAUCAGAGUUUACUGUUUGAUCAGCUAGUAAACAGUACUGCUGAAGCUGUUCUUCAGGAAAUGGAUAAUAUCAACAUCAGGCGGAAUAGGCGAUCAGGAGAAGUGGAACGGUUGCGCAUGUGGACUGAUACAGAAUUUGAAAACAUGGAUAUGUACUCACGAGUCAAAAGGAGGAGGAAAUCAUUGAGGAGAAAUAGUUAUGGAAUUCAGAAUCACCAUGAAGUUUCCACGGAGGGAGAAGAAGAAGAAUCACAAGAGGAAGAUGGAGAUAUUGAAGUAGAGGAGGCAGAGGGAGAAGAAAACGAUCGUCCCUAUAAUCUGAGACAAAGAAAAACAGUAGAAAGGUAUCAAGCGCCUCCUAUAGUACCAGCUCACCAGAAGAAAAGGGAAAAUGCAUUGUUUGACAUCCAUAGAUCUCCUGCAAGAAGAAGCCAUAUCAGGAGAAAAAAGCAUGCCAUUCAUAGCAGCGAUACAACUUCUUCAGAUGAAGAACGUUUUGAAAGAAGAAAAUCUAAAAGCAUGGCAAGAGCAAGAAAUCGAUGUCUGCCUAUGAACUUCAGAGCAGAGGAUUUGGCCAGUGGAAUCCUCCGUGAACGAGUGAAAGUUGGUGCAAGUUUGGCUGAUGUAGAUCCAAUGAUACUUGACAAAUCGGUGCGCUUUGAUAGCAUAGGUGGAUUGAGCCAUCAUAUUCAUGCACUUAAGGAAAUGGUUAUAUUUCCUCUUCUUUAUCCUGAAAUAUUUGAAAAAUUCAAAAUUCAGCCACCAAGGGGCUGUUUGUUUUAUGGUCCUCCUGGAACAGGUAAAACCUUGGUAGCUAGAGCUCUGGCCAAUGAAUGCACCCAGGGGGAGAGAAAAGUUGCUUUUUUUAUGAGGAAAGGAGCAGACUGUCUCAGCAAGUGGGUUGGUGAAUCUGAACGGCAGCUUCGACUCCUCUUUGAUCAAGCAUACCUGAUGAGGCCAUCUAUUAUCUUUUUUGAUGAAAUAGAUGGCUUGGCUCCAGUCCGGUCUAGCAGACAAGACCAGAUUCACAGCUCUAUAGUGUCUACUCUUCUUGCUCUCAUGGAUGGACUUGACAACAGGGGAGAAAUAGUUGUCAUUGGUGCUACAAACAGACUUGACUCUAUAGAUCCAGCACUCAGGAGACCUGGUCGUUUUGACAGGGAAUUUCUUUUUAGCUUGCCUGAUCAGAAGGCAAGAAAGCACAUUUUGCAAAUUCAUACCAGGGACUGGAACCCUAAAUUGUCAGACCAGUUUUUAGAAGAAUUAGCUGAAAAAUCUGUCGGGUAUUGUGGAGCUGACAUAAAAGCACUUUGCACUGAGGCUGCCUUGAUUGCCCUGCGACGGCGUUAUCCUCAGAUCUAUGCGAGCAGUCAGAAACUACAGCUUGAUGUUUCUUCAAUUGUUCUCAGCGCACAAGAUUUUUACCAUGCAAUGCAGAACAUCGUGCCUGCUUCUCAGCGAGCUGUAAUGUCAUCUGGGCAUGCCCUCUCUCCCAUCAUAAGGCCACUGUUGGAAAGAACCUUCAGUGAUAUUCUGGCAGUUUUACACAGAGUGUUUCCUCAUGCCGAAUUUGGUCAAGGUGACAGAAGAGAAGAUGUACCAAAUCUGAUUUUGGAUGACAGUGAAGAUGAAAAUGCUUCAUCAAUAUUUGAGACAAGUUGUCAGUCAGGAUCACCAAAGAAACAGUUAUCACCUGCUGUACAUAAACCUUAUCUUCAUUUUUCAAUGUCAGCAUACCAUCAGCCCACCUCUUACAGACCAAGAUUACUACUUUCAGGUGAGAGGGAUUCAGGCCAGACUUCACACCUUGCUCCAGCAUUGUUACACACUCUAGAAAAGAUCGCUGUGCACAGAUUAGAUCUGCCGGCCCUUUAUUCGGUCAGUGCCAAAACACCUGAAGAAUCAUGUGCACAGAUCUUUCGUGAAGCAAGAAGAACAGUACCAAGCAUUGUUUAUAUGCCUCAUAUUGGUGAUUGGUGGGAAGCUGUCAGUGAAACUGUGAGAGCUACAUUUCUAACUUUGCUGCAAGACAUACCAUCAUUCUCGCCUAUAUUUCUACUUUCUACCUCUGAAACAAUGUACAGUGAACUGCCUGAAGAGGUAAAAUGUAUCUUUAAAAUCCAGUAUGAAGAGGUGUUUUAUAUUCAAAGACCUAGUGAAGAAGACAGGCGUAAAUUUUUCCAAGAGUUGGUUCUAAAUCAAGCAUCAAUGACUCCUCCAAGAAGAAAACAAAUCGCUCUUUCUGAUAUGGAGGUGCUUCCUCUUGCCUUGCCGUCUCCUACCCGGCAGCUAUCAGAGACAGAAAAACAGCGAAUGGAGGACCAGGAAGAAAACACGCUGAGAGAGCUGCGGUUGUUCCUCAGGGAUGUUACCAAGAGGCUGGCCACAGACAAGCGCUUUAACAUCUUCAGCAAACCGGUGGAUAUUGAAGAGGUCUCAGAUUAUCUUGAAGUUAUUAAAGAGCCAAUGGACCUAUCUACCAUAAUAAGUAAAAUUGAUAAACACAACUAUUUAACUGCAAAGGAUUUCCUAAUAGAUGUAGAUCUUAUCUGCAGCAAUGCAUUGGAAUACAAUCCUGACAAAGAUCCUGGAGAUAAAAUAAUUAGGCACAGAGCCUGUACUUUGAAGGAUACUGCACAUGCUAUCAUUGCUGCUGAACUGGAUCCAGAGUUCAAUAAAAUGUGUGAAGAAAUAAAAGAAGCAAGAAAAAAGAGAGGAUUAUUAGUAACAUCAGAGCAAAUAAAUCUUCAUGGUUCCACUGUGCAGAAGACAGAAAGCAGAGUUGAAGAGGUAUUCCAGAGCCAACAAAAAAGAGCAAUGACACUUUGGCACAACUCUGCAAGUAAAUGUGCAUUUCGUUUAAGGAGAAAAUCAAGGCGACGUUCACAGUGGGGCAAAGGCAUCAUUAAAAAGAGAAAAGUGAAUAAUUUAAAGAAAGACGAGGAUGAUGCCAAGUUUGCAGAUGAUGAAAAUCAAGGGGAAGACAGCAAAUUGCUGGAGAACGGAGAACUUGAGGGAAGCACGGAUUGCAUUGAGGAGAACGGAGAGGAAGCGGGAGAUCUCUCUCUGACAAAUGAUGAAUCGUCUUGUGAUAUCAUGGACAUCCAGGGAGAGCAAAGGCUUGACAAUGGGACGGGAGGAAAAGAAAACAGUAUUCCAUCAACGGAGGAGAGUUCAAAUGAAUCCCUGCUGGUCAAUAACAAGGCGACUGUGGAUGUGGGGAAAGAACUCAAGGACUCUCCCUUCAAGAGGGACCAUUUAAAUGGAGAGGCUUCUGGAGGGGUGCCUGUUCCAUCAUGUCAGCAGGGCCAAUGCGAAUCUCUGAAUACCAUUUCACCAUCUGGCACCACAGAUACGUCCACUUCUAAACAAAAUACAGCCCUGGAUGAUUGUCAAAAGGAAAUACCGGAACCUUCAAAUAGUGGCCAAGCUGAACGGAUAAAACAUUCUGGCGGUGAGGGACCACUGUGCAGCAGUAAUGAAAAGAAAAUUCAAGGCAUAGAUGCUGAGAAUAAAGAAACUGAAUCAGAUAAAGAAGGUACAUUGAAAAAUAAAAGAAUGCGUAAAGUUUCUUUGGCACAGGUCCCAGAGGAACAGUUGGAUCCUGUACCUCCUGUAGUUGUUGACCAUGACAGAUUAAUGAAUUUACUUGAUUUGUUGGUUAAGAAAAGUGACAACCUAACUGUUGAUCAGCUUGAGAGGCUGUAUUCACUCCUUAAUCAAUGCAUCUACCGGCAUCGUAAAGAUUACGACAAAUCGCAGCUUGUACAGGAGAUGGAAAGAACGGUUCGUAUGUUUGAAACAUUCCUGUGAACUCUUCGAGAGGUGGUGCGGGUUUCUCUCUUCGCGGGCUGCUCAUGGGAGGAGCCCCCCUUCUUCUGAGCCAUUGGAUUUCCCUUUGCGCCAAGUAUGUGCAGGGCCUCGGUCUUAACAUGCUCGCUCUUUUGUCUCACUUUCUGUUAUGAAUUUGGUGCUAUUGUCUCAGGUACCUGAAACCAGCCAGCCUACUAGAACCAAACGGAACUUCAUUCAUAUUUGUAUCUUGAUUAAAAUAAAAAAUAAAGAAUAUAAUGCCACAACCUGGAGAUUUUUUUGGUGCUAUAGGAACUGCUCUCAUUUCUGCUGUCUGCAUGCAUUGUCUUAUGAAAGGCUUCAGGCAAAAUGGAGCAGGCUAACAGACACCCACAAACUGGAUAGAGCAGAUCUAACUGAUUGUUGUUGUGUUUUUUUUAAAGAAAUAGUUAAUUUAUUUUUUAAAAAAUCCCUCUUUUUAUUUUAUUCUCUGAGGUAAUGGACAGAAGCCUGUUUUUAAAGCUGGCAGUGAAGAAUUGUGGUAAAAAAUGAAUUACCUUUGGUAUACAAUAAUGUGAAGAUGAGGCUCUUUAGAGCUGCCUUCAAUGUGCCUUUUUAGUCUGGAGGAGGAGGAGAAGGCUAUUAAAGUGGUUGGGAUUGUAGCCAAUGACUGAAGUAGAAAGUUAUUUUCAAAAGCCUGUGUGUGUUCCCAAAGAACAGUUUCAGGUUCCCACACUGUUGAAUAGCAGCCAGUAUUACGUCUAACAUGUCUGAGUUGCUCUCCAGAAAGCUGAAUUAUGGAAAUAAUGACAUAUUAGCUCAAAAUGGUAAAAUGCAUUUAUUUCACUAGUAUAUUUAAUUUUGAAAACAAAUGGCGCUGGGAAAUUUUCACAGUGGUAUUUGAUUUGUGGUGGCUAUAGUUGUGUUUAUGUUGUGUUUUUUUUUAUUAUUCAAUUGCAUUUUUUUAGAGUUCUUAAAAACAGGUUUCUUUCUAAAUUCCCAUUAUUUUGGAAGCUGAGACUUGCUGGGUGGCCCUAGACGAGAGAGGUGGUUUUGCCCUGGAGUGCUUUCGUCUUUAGACGAGUCAGGCCAGACUCACAGAGUACAAUUUAUAUUGAACAGUAUUAAAAAGAGGAGGGAAACCAUCCGAGUUUUCCUGUCGUUCGCUUGUGGACAUGAUCAUUGGCCUGUGAAGCUCGCCGUUUGCUAGGUAGGGCUGGGUGCUGUGGGUGAUAGUUGUCAAGCACUUCCUUCUUGGAAGUCCAGAGAAGGUGCAGGCCAGGCAGGAAGGGAGUCUGUUCCAGGGCAAGCGACUCGGCCGCCUCCGAGAGCCAGACUUUUUCCAGGCCAGCCGUGUGGAAGUUCAGGAGGACAGGGGAGUUCUUGCAUGAGUGUCAUAUGAGACAAGUUUCCUCUUGUGAAAUGGUCUGCAGCAGCAAGAGUGUCUUUUCCAAAAUCCAGUUGGGUAUUGAUUUUAAUGAGUAAAAAUGGACCUUGGACUACUGCAGAGAAACUCUGCUACCUCAGCUUUUUGUAUUUUAGUUACCAACAGUAUUUACGGAAGGCUGCAAUCGGGUUUGCUACCGUUUACAUGCUGAAGCUAAGGUACUUGUCACUAGGUGCGCCGCUUGUAGGAGCAUUCUUCUGCUAACCGGGACUGGCUCUGGCCUUAGUCUGCUGCAGUAAUCCAAAGUGCUUUUUUCUCCCCCCCCCCCCAUCUUUUGCAUCCAAGCCUUGUGUUAGCUAGGCCUCCCCAGCCCCCCCCCCAGAUGCUACUUAUUUAAUUGCUAAUAUGCAUUUAGCCACACUAGUGUAAACACAACUCUGUAGAAAUGCUGUAUUUUUAGGUGGGAAAGUGCGAUUAAAAUGAAAGCAUACUUUUAAACUAGUACGUAAAAUUCAUUUUAAAAAUUUGAUUAUAGGGAC